UAUGAACUUAAUUCAAGUGGAUGUUGUUACCUCUGACAUAACUUAUCGUUUCUUACACAGUUGAUUUUAAUCAGGUGGAAAAAGUUACUGGAGGCUGUAAUUGAGUGACACAUGGCAGAAGAAAUACACGGAGGAGAACACAAGAACAUCUUGAUCAAAUAUGGCCCCGAGGAGCACCGAGUGAUCCUCCCCCAGAAGUCUUCCUCCCAGCCCCACCUCUUGAGUGACUUGGCCCUCCUCAUCGAGAAAGUGUGCUGCAUUCCCACAGACAGUCAACGCAUCAUAUUCAAAGGUAAAUCGCUGCUGGAUUUGGACGCUACACUAUUCAGUUAUGGAAUAAGGAACAACUCGAGAGUUAUGGUAAUCAUGGGCUCGAAGCCCUCUAAGUCGCCAGUGGAGGCCAGUACUCUAGAACGUCUCAAGACAGUGCAUGUGAAGAGCGAGGCGUUAGCAGAGGACCUCAACGAAAUCGAGCAGAAGAUCGCCAACGUACAAAGGGGUCUGGUUGCCGAAGGCCCCGAUACAAUAAAGCGAAUGCUGUUGGGAAACGCAGACGCAUAUAUGAAACUAUUAGAGUCUAUGGAUGCUCUGGACAUUCCCAGCAGUAUGCCGGAGCCGAAAUCCAAGAGAAAAGAAUUAGUCAACAAAAUCCAGUCGUACCUCGACAGAAAUGACAAUCUCAAAAUGCAGUUAGAGAUCCUAGUUGAGAACUCCUGAGUAUCCCGAAAACUUCCCACCGAUUAAUCGGACAGACCCAAAUUCCCUAGAAGCAUUAAUUCCUCUCUACAUUGAUCAAUUGAAGAAUCAAUCGCCCUUGCGAGCUGCCCAAAUGAAAUAUGAUGGACAAUUAAGAGUCGUUUGAUGUUGCUUCCGAAGUUGUCUUGAAACUGUCAUUUUUAUUUUGUAUUCAGUUUUGAUUAUUUAAUGCCUAAUUAUGAUUUUAUAAAUUUAUGCAACUUAAUUUAGAAUGCAUAUC